CACACACUGUAGGUUUUCUCUUCUCUUGUCACACUUCAAUAGCGGCUCUGCUUGCCGCUAGCCGCCCUGCUCCCGAUUUUUCCAUAUGUGGUGAUCGUGUCUGUCAUCCCCUUUCCACUCCGCGAUACCGCACCAGAUUGUCCAUUUCCUGCCACGUUCAGGUCUUCAAGGGCCCCAGCAACGGAAUCCCCGCAUUGGUUGAAGACGUCCUUGCGCGACCGCGUCAUGUCGCAAACGUUUGAACCGUGAGUGGCAUUGCUGACGCUCGGCCGCUCUCCAGGAUCAUGUCACUUCCCCAACGACCGGGCGCGACGCCCUUGUACGAGGAGCAGCAUGGCUAUCGACAAUCUCGAUCGCGACGACACCCGCGUCCCGCAGAUGUUGAGGCCGGCGGGUAUGCCCCGGUCGGCGGCGGGCAGUCACUCCAUCAGCGUGGGCCAUCAGCAUCCUCCUUCGCCGAGACUACUGCGUCUCCUAAUAAUCCGGAUAUAGAGAGAACUCCCCUGUCGCCCACCUCGCCCCAGGCACAACCGCCCGAGUCGCCAUUCCAGCGCAAGAGGAGUCUCGUCCGGCCGGAGCGGAACAGGAUAGGCAAGGACCACCCAAACUACCACUACCGGAAACAUGCCGCGAACAUGAACGUGUUGCCGUCCUCGACGGGCAAUGACCCCAUCGUGGAGGAUUUGGAAGAAGCAACCACCGACUUGUCGGGUUCCGGCUCCCGGAACGAUGAGGUUCUCUCGGACACCACGCCGCCAAGGAGGCGGCGUUCAACGAGGCAUCGCGGUGCAGAGGCGGAGAAGCCUGCUCGGACGAGGCGGAGGGAAUCGAGCGGGGUGAAGCACGGCAAAAUCACCAAAGAAUCGAAACGUCAGCGCCGGCAGGCUGAGCAGUUGCGGCCACCCAGCCUCUGGAACAUCUACUGUGCGGUAGUCACGUUCUGGUGUCCCGGCUUCGUACUCAGGUGCUUCGGGCUGCCUUCUAAGGCCCAGCAGAGAGCAUGGAGGGAAAAGAUGGGCCUGAUCAGCAUCAUCCUGUUCAUCAUGGCCGUUGUCGGCUUUCUCACAUUCGGUUUUACGCAAACGGUCUGCGGCACGCCUCCUUUACGCCUGCGUGUGAACGAAGUCACGGGGGGUUACAUGAUCUUCCACGGAUCAGCCUACAAUCUCGUCAACUCCCAUCAUCCCCCUGCAGAGGGCAUUCCCCGGCGCCAAGACAACACCUACCCCAACGUGCUCUACGACCUCCCAGAGAAGAAUGGCGGAAAGGACGGAAGUUUCCUGUUCCAAAAUGUCAACGGUAAAUGCAAGGGCCUUAUCAAGGCCGCUCCGGGCUCCGACGUGCCAACCGACGCCAGCGGCAAUUUGGCAUGGUACUUCCCCUGCACAACCUUCAACCAGGAUGGGUCUUCGAAGCCGAACUUGACAAUCCCGUACUACCUCGGCUAUGCUUGCCACACCAGCACCACUGCCCGAGACACGUUCUAUCUGGGACUCAACGGCGCUGCUGAUGUGUACUUCACGUGGGAUGACAUCAGGAACAACUCCCGCAACCUGGUCGUCUAUUCCGGUAACGUCCUCGACCUUGACCUCCUUAACUGGUUCAACGACACGCAGGUCACGUAUCCCGCCCGCUUCAAGGAGCUGAGGGACCGCAACUCGCCCGCAAACCAGGCCAUCCGCGGCCGCGACAUCACGCGGGCGUUCCAGUCGUCGGGCGACAAGCAGAACGCCGAGUGCUUCGAGGAAAUCAUCAAGGUCGGGACGGUCGACACGGACACGGUUGGGUGUAUCGCCUCUCAGGUUGUCCUCUAUCUCUCACUUGUCUUGAUUCUUUCCGUCGUGCUUGCGAGAUUUGUGCUCGCCCUUGUAUUCCAAUGGUUCAUAAGCAAGACCUAUGCCGCGGCCAAGACCUCGCAGACUUCGGAUCCGCGGAAGCGCCAAAAGCAGAUUGAAGACUGGACCGAGGACAUUUACCGGGCCCCACCGCGCAUGCCGGGCGACAUUGGAAGCAGCGUCAACGGCUCCGACCGCCACAGCAAACGAAGCAGCACCUUUUUACCCACAACGUCCCGGUUCUCGGCCGUCUACGGCGUCGAUCGCGCUAACCGAAAGUCUGGGGUGCCAACCACCAUGACAAGCCAGAACACUGCCGGCCAGCUGCUCAACCCCAACGCCAUGUAUCGCCAAGGUAACGACAGUCGAACUAGUUUUCUCAAGUCUGAUCCGUACGCGACCGGCAACAGCCCCACGGACGGGCCGGGACCUGCGGGCUUCAUCCACGAAGCUGUGGUUCCCCAGCCACCCUCAGACUGGAUGCCGUUCGGCUUUCCCCUGGCCCAUGCGAUCUGUCUGGUGACUGCCUACUCGGAAGGUGAACUGGGAAUUCGGACGACCCUGGACUCGAUCGCCAUGACCGACUACCCCAACAGUCACAAGGUCAUCCUUGUCAUCUGCGACGGCAUCAUCAAGGGCAAGGGAGAAGCAAUGUCGACCCCGGAUAUUGUCCUGGGCAUGUUGAAGGACCAGAGCGUGCCGCCCAAGGAGGUGGAGCCAUUCUCGUAUGUAGCAGUCGCGAGCGGGUCGAAGCGGCACAACAUGGCCAAGAUCUACUCGGGCUUCUACGACUACGGGGUCAAGUCGGCGAUUCCUGUCGAGAAGCAGCAGCGCGUCCCCAUGAUGGUGGUGGUCAAAUGUGGCACCCCGGAUGAGGCAACCAAGGCGAAGCCUGGAAACAGGGGCAAGCGCGACAGUCAGAUCAUCCUGAUGUCCUUCCUCCAGAAGGUCAUGUUUGACGAGCGCAUGACGGAGCUCGAGUACGAAAUGUUCAACGGGCUGUGGAAGGUUACGGGCAUCUCGCCCGACUUCUACGAGGUGGUGCUCAUGGUGGACGCCGAUACCAAGGUUUUCCCCGACAGUCUGACGCACAUGAUUUCCGCCAUGGUCAAAGACCCAGAGAUCAUGGGCCUCUGCGGCGAGACAAAGAUCGCCAACAAGCGAGCCAGCUGGGUGUCGGCCAUUCAGGUCUUCGAGUACUUUAUUUCGCACCACCUCGCCAAGUCGUUCGAGUCGGUUUUUGGCGGCGUCACCUGUCUGCCGGGAUGCUUCUGCAUGUACCGCAUCAAGGCACCCAAGGGUGCUCAGAAUUAUUGGGUCCCCAUCUUGGCCAACCCGGACGUGGUUGAGCACUACUCGGAGAACGUGGUCGAUACGCUGCACAAGAAGAACCUGUUGCUGCUCGGCGAGGAUCGGUAUCUGUCGACCCUGAUGCUGCGGACCUUCCCCAAGCGCAAGCAAGUCUUUGUGCCUCAGGCUGUGUGCAAAACAACGGUUCCGGACACGUUCAUGGUGCUCCUGUCCCAGCGUCGUCGGUGGAUCAACUCGACCAUCCACAACCUGAUGGAGCUUGUCCUUGUCAAGGAUUUAUGCGGCACCUUCUGCUUCAGCAUGCAGUUUGUCGUCUUCGUUGAGCUUAUCGGCACGCUUGUUUUGCCUGCGGCCAUUGCUUUUACAUUUUAUGUCGUCAUCAUCUCGAUCAUUCAUUCGCCCCCGCAGAUUAUCCCACUCGUCCUGCUCGCUCUGAUUCUCGGCCUACCGGCUGUCCUGAUUGUCGUGACGGCGCAUAGUUGGUCAUACGUCGUGUGGAUGUUGAUCUAUCUGCUCUCGCUGCCCGUCUGGAAUUUUAUCCUUCCGACCUACGCCUUCUGGAAAUUUGACGAUUUCUCGUGGGGCGACACCAGAAAGACGGCGGGCGAAAAGACCAAGGGUUCGGGCCACGAGCACGAGGGCGAGUUCGACAGCAGCAAGAUCACCAUGAAGCGGUGGGCCGAGUUUGAGCGCGACCGCAGGGUCCGGAACAAUAACUAUUGGGGCUCCACGGAGAAUGUUGUCGGCGGCGGAAGCCAGCCACACGGCCACGGCCCGUACGACGGCUACUACUCGGACGCAUGAGCACUGAGGUCUCUUGGUUUUGGAAAAUUUUCAAUUUUUUUUCCUCGAGUGAUAUAUUCAGUACAUAGAGGGUUCUAUGGCUAGCGUGGCAGCCUUUUUCCUGUUUUGCAGCGGGCAGCACGUCUAUUUCUGCGCUCUCUUGCUUUGGCCUCUUGACGGCGGCGAAGGAGUGGUCUUUCUUCUCGGGCGGUUCCGUUUCAUUUUUGUUUUUUGUGUGUUGUGUUGGUCGCUUGCAACCCUUUGCCUGUCUUUUUCCUCUUCGUCCUGCUCCCCCGCCUGUAUUCUCCUUGGUCGUGAUGUCGGGGCCUAGAAGGGAUGCAGGAGCAUCUGGAUGGCGAACGUUUGGCUGUUCUCGGCGGUUCGGAUUAUGACGAGAACUUUGCACUGAAGUAUAUAGUUGCAUGGAGCCUCUUACUGCUUAGACCUCUUAAUACAUUCACCAUCCUUUGGACGUGCUCAGGCGCGCAUACGCCUAGGGCG